AUGGACAAGGAUGGGAACAUCCUUUUAGUGCUGUAUGCUUCAAUUGUUGACACUUUGACAUUAUGUUUGGGCACACUAUUGACAAAUGAUUUGGCAUUUGCUUGGAAGGCAUUUAUUCAAGAGGGUCUUCGGGUCUUUCUACAAGGAUUGGAGAAAGAUGUUCCGAAACGUGCUAGUGAAGUUGAUAGACUGAAGUUCAAAGAUCUGAACUUUGGGAAGAAGCGCCAAAAGGCUGAAGAGCCAGAGAGUUGGAUAGAUCGUAUACCAACAACAGAAGAGCAACAAGCAGCUAUCAAGAUUCAAGCAUGCUACAGAGGUUACUGGCAGCACAAGAUUUGGCUGACUGUCACUCAAGAUUCACCUCAGCACAAAAAAGCAUGUAAACUACUUGAGGAGUGCCUUGAAGUUGUUAUAAAAAAUGCUGAGUUGACAGCAUUGACUCUGUUUCAAACCAUGUUUAAGAAAGAUCCUCAGCUGUUGAUCAAGUUUCCGUUCAAAGAUGAUGAAUGGUCUCGUGUCUGUUUUAAAGAUCACACUGGGAAUUACAAAGAGCAACAACCCAAUUCCAUAUUUUUGAUGUUCAGAGAAACAUUUUACGCUCGACGUGGUGUUCUUGUUGUUCCUCAUUUGUAUACAUCUGUUUCCACUGCUUGUCUUCGUGUGUUUAACAAUGACACAGGAGAGGAAAUACCGAGGGUUUUCAAGCAGGUCACACCACAUGUCUAUCUGAGGAACAAACAAGGCUACACAUUUGUUGCUGAAGGCCGUGCAUGGAACGAGCCGGUACUUGAAGGCACUUGUCGACUGAGGUUGAUGGGAUCAGAAGAGACACUUCUCAGGCCCAAACACCAAGAAAUUGCCAACUGUGAAUUUUGUUCAAAAGAAGUGCAAGAAUAUUACUUGCCAACAAAAGACUACGAAUUUGUCAGGCAUGCAGUAAAGGUUGCUGAAGACAUGGUUGUCACAAUUCGACUGAGAACAUCUAAACAGUCGGCUUAUUUCAAACUGCAGAUUUUAGACACUAUCAAUGGUUAUGACCAAGAAUUGAUAUCAGUGUCUGGAAGAGGCCAUGCUGUUAUUCCAGCGUUUACUUUUCUCAAAGAUGGAGUCCGUUGUGAAUCUGCCAUGUCAUACUUUUUUGAAGACUCUCCAAGUCCAGAGACUGUACCUGAGGAUGAAAAUAUAGUGGACGAUAUAACAAACAAAGAAGCAGAAAAUGAAGAUGGAAAUAAACCAGACAACGAUGAAGUACAAAAUGAAACAGAAAAUAGAGCAGAAAAUGGCACGCAACAGAAUGAAGCAAAAGAUGAAGCAGAAAAUAAUGAAGAUGCUGCAGCCAACAAAGACUAUUCUGAAACACGCAGUUGUGCUGAAGGGCUGAGCAAUAGAAUGUCAGCGCAAGGUCAAGCUGAACCAAGAGAAAUAGGGUUGUUUGACAUACUUGAUGAAAACGAUGAAGAUACCUUCAACAUGGAAGUAAAAGAAGAUUGCCUUGACAUCAAAGAAGUAAAGCAAGGAGACCAUUCUGGAAACAAUAACAUAGAGCCUGAAGAUGAUGAAGCCAAGUGUUCUGGACCUGUGGAAGAAGGACUUGAGAAUUUAGAACAUGGAUAUGGCCAAUUUGAAAGGCACAAGUACAUUAUUCGAGCUGUGAUUGAAUGGAACAGUUGGAGUGAAUCAGAGAGUGGAUGGGAUCACUAUAGCAUAGAAAAAGCAAAGGAAAGCCAAGUUGCCAACCAGGACCUUCCUGUUAAAGUGCUAUCUUCGACUGUACGUGACAUGGCACCGUCUGUCACAGGAAGGAAAACAGCAACACGGAGAUCAUCGUCUGCUUUUGGGAAAAAAACACCAACAUGGAAGAAAGCAAAGGGACCCUUAAACCCUGCUAUAGGGAAGUUUGACACGUCUGUAGCUCAUUGGACAAUGGAGCUAGUGAUGGCUGAAGACCAGCAAACAUUUUUGGACAUUACAAAAGACAACGAGAGAGAUAAUCAGAUUCAAAGCAUAAAAAGUGGAUGGGAGGCAGCUAAUCCUGGAAGGGCUGUACUUGCCAAUUGUCUACGUCGGGCAUAUCUUGAUAUACAUGGCAGUACGUCCGUGAGACAAAACAAUGGAAUACCUUCCAGCGUGUUGUGUCCUGUGGUAGUUGAUGAAGGCAACGAUUCUACAAAACCUACAGAACAAAAAGAGAUUGCAAUAUCAGAGAUAAAGAAGAGUCACCAAACUCGACGUAUUAGCUCAGACAAACAACGGCCAAGGCGGAAGUCUAGUAGACUGGGUCUCUUUUCACCAUUGACUGUACCACAACGCAAAUCAACUCCACAACGCAUAUCAACUCCACAACUCAAACCAACUUUUCAGGACCUUUCACCCUUUCAUACUCGUCAACAAAUAAUACAAACAGAUUUUUCACAGUUUAUCAAGUCAUGUCCAAAAGAGGUCAAACCAAGGCUACUGGAUGAAACUGAAAAGCUCAAACGAUCGGCAAAUUACGAAAAAGAAGCACAAGAGUUUUCGUCUUUCAGAAAUAUGGUUUAUGAGGAGAGACAGAAAGAAAAGGAGAGACGCAAGGAAGCAAAGAGAAUUCAACUGGAUUUGGGCGAGAAGAGACAGAGGGAGAUCAAUGAAGUCAGGACUAGACUUAACAAGAUGCGUGAAUCUUAUCAUCUCAAAUAUCUAGAGGAACAGCAAAAGAGAGAACUUGCAAUGUUUGGUCCAGACUCUGAAUCAGGAAGUUCUCAACAAGAGCUUGAUUCAACGCCAACUGUUCAGAAAGGCAAAGCAUUGUAGCUGGGAGUGUGAGACUAUCAUUUUAUCAAUUGUUAUAUGAGUUUUACAAAGUUUUACUAUCAUAUAUUAUCAGAGGGAUGUUAUGCCUACUCAGUGCUAGUGGAAUUGCCGUUGAUGGAUUUUAAACAUUUUAGUUUUUAUGUAUUGCACGUGUAGGUACACUGUAUUUUAUCUUAUCAGAUCGUUUUACAAAGCUGUAAUUGAUUGACACAGAAACAAGA